AUGACAGUGUCAUUCGAAGAUGCCGAAAAGCCCAAACGUACGAGAACCAACGUCAAGCAGUCAAAGUAUGGUUGUUACACCUGCAAAGCCCGACGUAUCAAGUGCGAUGAAGCUAAACCUACAUGCCAGCGCUGUAGGUCUUCAAAGCGCGAAUGCAAAGGCUAUCCUCGGGGGGCACUUGUCGACUCCCCACUUGGGAUUCAAGGGACAGCAUCGCUAGUACCAUUAUCAGCCUCACCGUCGUCUUCAAUAUCCUCUUCAACUUUAUCACGCACCGCUUCGCCUUUGACUGUUCUUUCCUUUGACCCUUAUCAUCUUCUAAGUCCCUUUGUCGAUAUCGCCUGCGGCGUCAUGGUGCAGAGUCCCCGGCGUGGCAGAAGCGACAUUGAACAAUCAUUUUGGACUCGAACUGUACCUCAGUUGGUGCAUAGCAAUCCUUCCGUGCGGGCUGCAGCCGAGGCAUUCGGAUCAUCUUACAGCGAAUAUGUUCUCCAAGUCGACAAUUCUUGUUCUGGCAUUGAGACUACAAAGCGGUAUACACAGGCUUUGAGGCUGGUGCAAAAGGAUCUAGCUACUGUGCAACACGAACCUGUCCCCUGCGUCAUAGCUUGUUUGUUUCUAGCAUUCUCUGAAGCCAUACAGCAGAAGCUGGAUGAGGGCCUAUUGCACCUCUUGGGGGCAUUUUCUGUCAUGUUAUCUCGGACAGACAAAAAGCUGUUGGGUGAUGUAGAUACCGAGAGUUUGUCGCUGCUAUUACAGAAGCUUGAUCUCCAUGUUGCUACUUAUGGAAUCUGCCACCCUCCAGAAAUGCCUCCAAUUUCACCAGUAACAACGAAUAUGGUCACAUCACUUCCCCCAGACGAGGCGCUAUUUAAAAUUCUGCACUCAUGCUACCACUUCAACGCACAGGCAUUUACCUACAAAUACACCACUCGCCGAGCGAUUCCACCCGAGAUGCUCAUGGAGCAGGGUCGUCAACUCGCGACUUUGAAGCUAUGGUUAUCGCAAAACAAACUUCCUUUGACAUGGGACGCAAACUUACACGAAUCGCUAGUAGUUCUUCGCUCCCAGUGCCUGACUGCGUUGAUACAUACGGCGACUAUUCUGGAUCCCCGCGAAACCGGCUAUGACUGCUACGGACCUGAAUUCCAGGAAAUCAUUACCACGAUAGAAGCAUUGUUCCUCAGUAGAGGUUUUCAAACCGACCCAUUGAGCAGUGCAUUGGGCCGACUUCCGUCCUUCAUUCCAGAGACUGGAGUGAUUCAUCCUCUGUAUUACACAGCGAAGAAAUAUCGAAACGCAUUCUGGCGGCGAAGGGCACUGAACUUGAUCCUACGAAGCGGCAAAGAAGGACCAUGGUGUUCCAAGACAGAGGGAGCCAUGAUCAAAAUGAUUAUCAGAAUGGAGGAGGGAGAUUUUGACAAAGCAUCUUUCGAUCUUUCGAGAGGCGAGGAUGCUGUCCUUCAUUCUACUUGUAACGUUCCCGAGAAGAGCAGGAUCAAUGCAUGCUGGCCCAUUGAUCCCGGAGCCCAAACAAGAGAGGCUAGCAAUUUUACUAAACAGAAGUUUAGCAAGGGUAUCUUGUAUAAGUGUAUCGACGUGGACCGACUAUUGGCUGAUGCCGAAGGACAGAAGCCUCGCUCGUGGGCAUGGAUGAAAUCUGCGUGGUGGGAAGAGUGGAUUGAGCCUCUUGGGGAGAUAGCCUGA